AUGGAGAGAGACAACUGUACCACAUUUACUGAAUUCUUUCUCUUAGGAGUUACCAAUAAACCUGGGAUGAAAGCGAUUCUAUUCACUAUAUUCCUAGGCGUUUACCUCAUCAUUCUCCUGACAAAUAUUGGGAUGAUCAUUUUAAUCAGAGUGGACACCCAGCUCCAGACGCCCAUGUACUUCUUCCUCAGCCACCUGUAUUUCUCAGACCUCUGCUACUCCAGUGCAGUUGGGCCCAAGAUGCUGGCGGACCUGUUAGCUGAGAACAAACCCGUUCCCUUUGUUGGCUGUGCCCUGCAAUUCUUCUUCACCUGUGUCUUUGUAGAUGCAGAGUGUCUUUUGCUGGCAGUGAUGGCCUUGGAUCGGUACAAGGCUAUCAGCAGCCCCUUGCUCUACGCGGUGGACAUGUCCAGCAAGGUGUGUUACCAGCUCCUGGUGGGAGUGUACCUAGUGGGAACUGUAGACGCUUUGAUACACACUCUCAUGACUUUCAGCUUAUGUUUCUGUGGCUCUAAUAAAAUCAAUCACUUCUUCUGUGAUAUCCCCCCUAUCCUAGUGUUGUCAUGCUCUGAUACACAGGUCAAUGAAUUAGUAAUGUUCAUCAUUUUUGGCUUUAUAGAACUGAGCACCAUCUCAGGGGUUCUGGUCUCCUAUUGCUAUAUCGUCUCAUCUGUCUUAAAGAUUAGCUCUGCCGAGGGAAGGUCCAAAGCUUUCUCUACCUGUGCCUCCCACCUCACUGCGGUUUCCGUUUUCCAGGGAACUCUGCUCUUCAUGUACUUCCGGCCCAGUUCUGCCUACUCCCUAGACCAGGACAAAAUGACCUCACUGUUUUAUACCCUGGUGAUUCCCAUGCUGAACCCUCUCAUUUAUAGCCUACGGAAUAAGGAUGUUAAGGAGGCCCUGCAAAAGCUGAGAAAUAAAGUUUUUGUUAAGUAA